UACACAUGGAUAAAAUUGUCCCUUCACUGUUAUUUAACAUGCAUACAAUGAAUGCCAAAUCUGAUAUAGUGACAGAUAAUUUAAUAUCAGAAGAAGUAAAUGAUAAAAAUGACUCUUAUUCUUUGGCUGAGUCUUGUUUGCGCGAACUUAUUGGAAGAGCUUCAUUUGGACAUGUAAAAAGUGUUAUACGCCCCGUUCUUAAACACUUAGAUGCCCAUCAUAUGUGGGUACCAAAUGCUUUUGCAACACAAUGUUUUAGGAUUUUGAUGUUUUCCAUUCAAUCUCAAUAUUCAUAUGCUGUAGUUGAAACUUUAAUGACACAUUUGGAUGAAAAUACCAAUGCAUCACCUAAAAUUCGUACUAGUAUUGCUGAUGUUUUGUCAAAGAUAAUCGCUAUUGCUGCUAAUGAGAGUGUUGGACCUACAGUUUUGGAAAUUAUUAAUUCUUUAUUGACUAAUUUAAGAACAUCAGUCACUAGAAGACCACAAUCUAAUAUUGGUGUUGCCGAAUCAGAUGGAGAAAACGAGUAUCGGGAAGCACUUAUUCAUGCUCUUGGAGAAUUUGCAGCUCAUCUACCAGAUUAUCAAAAAAUAGAAAUUAUGAUGUUUAUAAUGUCAAAAGUUCCUCAGUUUAAGUCUUCAAAUAGUCCCAAUGAUCUUCAUGUUCAGAGAAUGUGUUUAAAAUCACUUUUGAUGGUAAUUUAUUCAUAAUACUUAUUUUUAGUUGAAUCAUUUUGACAUAA